GAAUUUUUUACACGAAAGGUUGUUAAUAAAACAUAUAUUUAGGAAUAGGGAGGCAUUUUGAGUAUUAUUUUGAAAUAUAGCACGUAAAAACGGAAGGGCAGUUUGUUGGACAUGUACAAUAUCCAUACCUUUAUUGAUUUUUUAACGUUCGAGUCAAUGUUCUAGCAAUGUGCGUUGCAGACUUCCUCUCUGCGGUCACAAAAACAGGAUCGAACUAGAUCUGUGUGGUUCAAACUAGUUAGAACUGGUUUGGAGAACGUGGCUUUUUUAUUGGUGAAUGAAAAUUAGUCUCUGUGACGUAAGAUGCUUCAUGGUCAAACAAGGGAAUGGCCCCGCCCUCAGAUCUGUAUCCUCUCCGAUAAUUGGUUGAUGAUAUAAUGAGAUGCGGCUCUGUGUGUAUGUAGUCAGCGGCAUGGCAGUGAAAGUAAAUUAGAAUUUCUUUGACAGUAAAGAGGUAUUCGGCAGUGAUAUUUUCCCCCCGAACCACCAUCUUGGUUCUUCGAUACCACCUUUGUUGGUUCCUUGAUACCAUCACCGGGGAAAAUGAAGAGAAUCUAUGUACAGAUGAGUAGCUUCGUGAAGGGGAGGAAAGCGGCAGGACCAGUGGGUAUUUCCAUCAUCCUAGGCCUCCUAAGCUUCAUGCCCAGACUGUUGAUUGUCACAUUUCUAUCCAAGACACCAGAGCCCCCAUUGGAGUGGUGGCAGACCUCCGUCAUAUACCAGGUCUACCCUCGGUCCUUCCAGGAUAGCAAUGGAGACGGGGUUGGCGAUUUGCAGGGCAUCCGCUCACGACUGGACCAUCUUGAGUACAUCAACGCUCGUGCCUUGUGGUUGAGCCCCAUGUACGAGUCGCCUAUGCGUGACUUUGGCUACGACCCUUCUAACAUCACUAAUAUUGAUCCAAUCUUCGGAACAAUGGAGGAUUUUGAUGAGCUGCUGGCAGAUGUGCACAGUAGAGGAAUGAAAAUGAUCCUGGACUUCAUUCCUAAUCACACCAGCGAUCUGCACAAGUGGUUUCAGGCCAGCAAGGCUGGAGUUGAGGAAUACAAGGACUACUAUGUUUGGACAGAUGGGAACCUGACUGCUAACGGGACCAGAGUGCCGCCCAACAACUGGAAGAGUUUCUUUGGAGACUCUGCCUGGGAGUGGGUGGAGGAACGACAGCAAUUUUACCUGCAUCAGUUCCUGAAAGAGCAGCCAGAUCUUAACUAUCGCAACCCAAAAGUUGUGGAAGAAAUGACGAACGCCCUUCGUUUCUGGUUAGAAAGGGGAGUUGAUGGGUUCCGCAUAGAUGCUGUCCUUACCAUGUUUGAAAGCGCUGACCUCUCCCUCAACGAGCCACUGAACAACCGACCCGGCGCCGAGCUGUGGCAGUACGAGUCCUUGGAGCACAUCUACACAAGCCACCAGCCAGAGACCUACGAGGUCAUCGCCAAGUGGCGCCACCUGGCAGAUGAAUACUACCAGAAAGAUGGCAACUACAGGUUCCUGGUGACCGAGGCUUAUUGCGAGACCAUUCAGCAGGCCAUGUACUAUUACCACACUGGCGCUGACAUGCCAUUUAACUUUGAUCUCGUUUUCCUCAACCGCACCUGUGGCGGUGACUGUGUGGACAGGGCCAUCAGCAACUGGAUGACCAACAUGCCCAUUGGCAAGUGGCCAAAUUGGGUUAUCGGCAACCAUGACAACAAGCGCAUAGCAACCAAAAUGGGCACUGAAUUUGUGAAUGCCAUGAACACACUCCUUUUGCUGUUGCCAGGCACUCCAACAACUUACAAUGGUGAAGAACUUGGUUUAACAAAUAUCGAAGUGUCCUAUGAAGAUACACAAGACCCCUUUGGAAAAAGAUUCGGCCCUGAGAGAUACCAUGAGGUCAGCCGAGACCCCCCUCGAAGCCCCAUGCUCUGGGACAGCACACAUUCCUCAGGGUUCUCCAACGCAACAAAAACAUGGCUUCCAGUCCACCCAGACUAUGAAAUCUUCAACGCAGAAGCACAAAAGAAAUCAGAGGGUGUGACACCACUCAAAAUGUACAGGGACUUGUCCUUGCUUCGACAAGAAGCUACGUUCCAAAGGGGCACAUUCAGACCUCUAUUGGUGGACGAGAACAUCUAUUCUUUUGUGAGAGAACUAGAGGGAGAGUCCCUGUAUUAU